GUUCUGUGGGUCCGUUUGCUCGCACGCCCCAUCGCAACCGCACACGGUGUUUGUUUGUUUAUUUCCUCCUGACAUUUGUAACUAACCGAAUUUUACGCGACAAAUUUCCACACUUUCUUCAAUGAAACACGCGCCAACGCAGGUCGGAGUUAAUUUUCUACCGUUCGUCAAGUUAUUUCCCAUCGAUUUCCGUACCGUGGCGGGUGUGCAAUGUGCAUAGUUUAUUGUGUUUUCCCGCGUACAGUUUAGUUCCGCAAAUGCAAAUGAAGUGAUUGUUUUCCUACGCUAAAUGUUUUUCGGGUGUUUCCUGGUGGUGUGGGGACGUAAAACAUAUAUCCUCAAAAUGAACACAAAUAGAUCAUGUGCUCCCGACUGCCGAAGCGUCACAACGUAGAACCCGUGUUCCAUAUAGUCUCCCAACUCUUUGCUGGCCAAUCCGACCUAUCGUCUUCCGUUACUACCGCAGAACAAAUGGGUGACUUUUAUCGGGUACCAGCCGACACCAUCCACGAUCGGGAUGGGUACGUUCCCGCCAAAAAGCAUCACAAGCGCAAAGUCCAACGGAAGGCACGAUCAAAUGGUGGAGCUCUAACGCAUUCGGGAACGAUCGUGAGUCGUAGUAAAAGCGUGGACGAUCUAACCGCUGCCGGUGUUGCUUCCGAGUCUGAUUCCGAUGAGGAUCCAACGUCCACCAAACUGCACCAUACGAUCACAUCAGGGCACAAUAGGGAUAAACUAAUGCAAUUGAAGGAUCAACAGAUAGCAAAGUUAAUUAAGAAACUAACUGCCGUCUUCGAAUGCAACAAUCAGUUUGCGGUGGAGCAUGAAAAAUUGCAAAAGGAGUACCAGCAAGCAGUUCAAAACCUACGCACACUAGAAACGAUCCAAGCAAAGAGCUGCGAUCGUUGCGCAGCGUUCGAUGCGGAACGAAAUCAGCUCGCAAAAGAAAAUGGCGAUCUGCGGAACGAUGUAAAAAUGAUGAAGAUUUUAGUGUACCGGUUAAAUGUACAGAUCGAACGGUACCAGGAUGUGAUACGGGACGGGAAGAAUAGCAUCCCGAAGCUCGAUUUUGUCGACAGUACGUACGGUGGGGCGAAGGACAAUCUUAACUGGGGAUCGGUCAAUUCACACACACUCGGUCCGUUGCUGAAUGCGUACGAGGAAGCCAUUGCCGAGAAAGCGGAUCUUGUGCACCAGUACGAAUCGGAGUUGGCCAGCUUUACCGGAAAGUUGAAGAAGGUACUGGAAGAGAAUGAAGCGUUACACAAGGUUAACGAAGAAGUGCGUGCGGGACAGACGGGCUGGACGACGGAAAAGGCACGCCUGCAGGCACAGGUGGACGUGUUGCGAAGUAAGGCGGAAGUACAAGGCAAGCGUGCCGAUCUGGCCAAAGAGAAGUUGGUCGAGGUUUUAAAAUGUUACGAACAGAAAGUACAAGCACAAAAUCUUGACAUUGAGCGACUUCAAGAGGCAUACUCACGCUCGAAGGGUGAGCUCACAUCAUUGCGAAAUCUUAACCAAAACCCCGAACUGGUAGCGGACAGCUUAAAGGAAUGUCAGAAGUAUGAAGCGAUAAAAUUCUAUCAAACACCCGGCACGGUUCACAUUUCCAUCCCGUUUUACCUUCGUUCCAGGCUACUAGAGGAACUACGACUACAGCACAGCAACGAACGCACACGAUCAGCAAAGGAAACGGAAACAAUCAAAGCCGACUUUCAGCAGAAGUCAACCGAACUCGAGCAACUGCGACAAGAUUAUCAGCAACAGCAACACAUCUUCGAGCGACAGAAAGAAAUCAAUGAAAUUCUUAUGGGGAAAAAUGCCACAUUGAAGCAAACGCUCGAGCGCACCAGACAAUCGAAAGAAAUACUCAAACAGCGCCUCAAAACUAUGAUCAGCUGGGGCAAAGGUUCAGAACAGCGCAAAGAUCAACUGCAAGAGUGCUGGCGUAACAUUCGCGCGUUACAGGAACAACUGCAGCAGCGUGAUCUACAGCUGCAAACACUGCAGCAACGUUUCCAGCAGGAACAGGAGCAGCUGCAGCGUCGACUUCGCCAACGGGAAGACACACUACGUAAGAUAUUGGCCGAUAAGGCACAGUUUAGUCACCGGCAUAGUUGAGGCACAGGCCGACAGAACACACACUAGUCAAAAGCGGAUCGCUUGUUUUUUUUCUUCUGAAAUAUAAAAAAUAUGUAAAAAUAUGUAAAUAUGUAGUCAAUUUACACACAACGGAAAAAUAAGCUAAACA